AUGUCAUCGCAUUCAAUAAUUGUGGAUCGGAUAAGUGAAGUGCCGGUUUAUUCGUCGUUGAGUUCACCGAAAAUGUUGUUCAAUGCCACGUGUUUUUUCGAGAAAUUCACAAGCGGUUCUGUGCAAAUGGCGACAACACCAUUGAUUGGGUGGAUUUUUGUGGUGAGUUUUUGUGGUGAAUGAAGCUAAAUAGCAACAUUUUGACGUCAGAAAUCCACGUGGCAGAUUUUUUGUUCAAAAUUGAACUAACCACCAGAAUUAUUGAAAUUUGUAUAAAAAUAUCCACGUGGAACAAAAAUUGAGCUAAAAAAUCAUCAAUUAGCUGAAAAUAUUGAAUUUUUGAUACAAAUAACUUGAAAAUUAUGCCACGUGGCAAAAUUUAACCAAAAAACUGAAGAUUUCGCCUUAAAAACCUAUUUUUUGUUCAAAAUUGAAAAAUUACUACCAGAAUUCUUAAAAUUUUCCUUUUUUUAAAUUAAAUAUCCACGUGGCACAAAAAUUGAGCUCAAAAAUCAUCAGAGUCUUCAAUUAGCUGGAAAAAUGGAAUUUUUUGAUAAAAAUGUGAAAAUUGGCAAAAUUUUGAGCAAAAUAAACUGAAGAUUUCGCUUCUAAAAUCAUUUGUUUGUUCAAAAUUGAAAGUUCCAAUUUUUUCAUCCACGUGGCAAAAAAUUGAAGAAAAGUGAGCUCAAAAAUCAUCAGAAUCUUCAAUUAGCUGAAAAUAUGUUAUUUUUUUGGUGCGAAAUUUGAAAAAACUGCUUGAAAAUUAUGCCACGUGGCAAAAUUUCACCUAUUUUUUGUUCAAAAUUGAAACUGUCACUUGAAUUUUUGAAAUUUCCCUAUUUUUUCAAAUUAAAUAUCCACGUGGCAAAAAAAUCAUCAGAAUCUCUUAAAAUUCUCCCAAAUUCCAGGUGAUCUUCGCAACUCUCACACCAACUUCAAUCCUCUCAAUUCUCAGCAUCAAAAGAUCAAUAAAAGAGUUGACGACAGAACGAACAUCGAAAUUGGAUGUACUCGACAUUUUUCGAUUUUUCGCCAUUCUUUGGGUCAUGCUAAAUCAUACCGGAAGUGAAGGCCGCGUCGAUAUUUUGGACCGACUUCCGAGUGCCGAAAAAUUCAAGGCCGACAUUCACGAACAUCCCGUUUUCGGCGCUUUUUUGGGCAAUUCUGCACUGGGUGUCGAGAUUUUUCUGGUGCUUUCUGGAUUGCUGGCGGCAAGGUCGUGGUUGAGGAAAGGCGAUGAGCCGUUUUUCAAGCAUUGGAGACAAUUUAUUUUGAGAAGGUUUUUGAGACUUGCACCAAGUAUGCUCGCUUUUGUAUAUAUUGCUUCUGGACCGAUUAUGAGAGCCCUUUUGCCAAGGUAAGGAGGAUUUUUUUGAAAAAAAAUUUUUUAAAUGUUUUUAAAAAUGUUCAGAUGUUGAUGAAUGAAACUCAAAAUGCACUAAUUUCACAAAAAAAAUGAAAAACUAUUUUGGUGGCCGAAUUCCCGACAAAAUACUUCGGCCACAUAUAUCUUUCAUUUUUUCGGAAAUUUAUUGAAGUUGAAUAUAAAUUUCAGAAAAAAUGAAAGGUAUAUGUGGCCGAAGUCUUUUGGUGGCCGAGAAAUGUCGGGAAUUCGGCCACUUUCAUUUUUUCUGAAAUGUAUUAUAUUCAACUUAAAUUUUUUUGUGAAGCAAGAGCAUUUUAAGUUUCAUUCAUGCAUUUGAACAUUUUUAAAAGUGUUCUUAAUCUCCGUGGAGUCCGAGCAAAAAAUAAGUUAUGCUAAUUUCAAAGAGCAUGUUCUAAUUAGCAAAGUCCUCGAAGGAUUUUUCUAGAAGCUUCUCAAACAUUAAAAGUUAAAAAAAACAGUGAAACACAGUGGCUUAAAAGUCCACAAAGCUUGGAUUUCAAAAAUAUUCAUAUAAAAUUAGUCGAAAAAUUUGGAACGCUUCACGAAUUUGCGUGUCAUCCUUGCGCAGGGGCCAUGCUAAUCUUCUCUGUAUUGUUCCAAUUUUAGUAUAUGUUCUCGGAAGAACGAAAUCGCUAGACAGCUUGACAUAUAUAUAUGUAUAGCAAACAGUGUGACCGACGUUUGACGGGCAGCGGACAAGCGCUAUGUUUUGUGUGUGAAGGGGGCGGGGCUUGGGGAAAAGGGGAAGGAGAAGUGUUUGCUUUGAUGGUUUUUUACCGGGUUUUCAAAGUUUUCCCAUUUUCAGAUACACUUCCUCAAUGAUCUCAAAUUGUGGAUUCUGGGGAAUUUUGUCACACGUCACCUUCACCUCUAAUUGGCAAGCCACGCCCACUUGUAUGGGUUAUUUAUGGUAUCUCGGCUUGGAUAUGCAAUUAUACAUGGCCGCCCCGAUUUUCCUGCAUUUUCUCCAUAAAAGCCCGCGAAACGGCCUGAUUUUCACCGUAUCCACAAUCAUUUUAUCAUCAUUUAUCAGAGCGGGUUACUGUAUUUCAUAUAAUACUUGCAAUAAAAGUGAUGUGGAUAUUCCAUUCAUCUCAUAUCCUGACGAAAAUCCGGAGAAUUUGCGAGGAAUUUAUGAGGGAUUGUGGGAAAUGUACUCGAGACCAUAUACAAAAUGUGGACCAUUUUUAAUUGGAUUAAUCUUGGGAUACAGUACCACGCAGGCAACCGCCGCUUCACCGCAUCCCGUCCAAAAACCAUAUCAAAUGACGGAGAGAUUUUCGAGAAAUUUAUUCUAUUCCAGUUUAUUUUUGGGAAUUGCUACGAUUUAUGCGAUUCUUCCUGAAUAUUGGUGGCCUGAUGCGGGAAACACGGUGUAUAAUAUGAUUUAUACGGCGAUUUUUCGAAAUGUUUUUGCAUUAGCGAUUGCUGGAAUGAUUUCGGCAUUGUAUUUUAGAAGAGAAUAGUGAGUUUUUGCGGGGGAAAAUUGGGAUAAAGCAAAAAUUUCUCAACAGAGCGCUGUUUUAAAGGAAAGUUGAAGUGCGCUCUAUUGAAAUCGAGCUAAAAUAUUACAAAAUGUUUUCCAAAAAUUUGAAAAGUCUUGGAAUUCACUUGAAUUUCAAUAGAGCACAUUUGAAAUUUUUUAAAAUCAAGCAUUCAAGUGCGCUCUAUUGAAACGUGUUUUUGAAAUUGGAAAAUUGAAAUUUUCUCGCCAAUUUGCGAUAGAGCGCACUUGAGUUUCUAAUUCAAAGAUGAUAAUUUUCAAGUGCGAUCUCAUGCAAAUUAAUGAAAAAUAACAUUUUGUUUAAUUUUUGAAAUUUGCUGAUUUCUGGCUGAUUUGCGAUAGAGCGCACUUCAUUUUCUAUUGAAAAAUUCUCCGAAAAUCAAAAUUCUCAAGUGCGCUCUAAUAAAAAUUAACAAAAAAUAACGAAUUUUCGAAUUUUUUCAAUAGAAACAAUUUUAUUUUUUGAAAUUUACUGAUUUCUGGCUGAUUUGCGAUAGAGCGCACUUCAUUUUCCAUAAAACAUUCUCCAGAAUUGAUAAUUUUCAAGUGCGCUCUAUUGCUAAUUGAAAGAUUUCACCAAAAUCGAGGGAAUGUUGGAUUUCAACAAUUUUCAGUGGUUUCACGAUUUUCAGCACAAAAUUUGCUUCAAGGAAAAUUUUCCAAACAAAAUUUUGAAUCCAAAAAAAAAUUAUGUGAUUUUUUUGAAACAGUGAAAAAGUUCAAUAUUGAGAAAUUCAAAUUUUCCUAGACAGUCAAGUUUCUGGUUAAAAACAAUUUUCCAGUCACCCAACUCCACCAAUUUUCGCGAUGCUCGCCAAACUCACCUACAACGCCUAUCUUCUACACAUGCCAAUUGUUUAUAUUUUCAAUUGGCUGCCCUAUUUACAAACUGCCACGUCACCAAUUCAUCUACUAAUUGUUCUUCCAUUCGUAGCGAUUUUGUCAUUUUUCGCCGCCUUCAUUUUCUAUAUUUUUGUCGAAGCACCGUCUGGACAAGUUUCAGCAAAAAUUUGCUGA